UCAAAUAAGAAGCCUUAGGCGCUUCCGAAGCGACCACAGAGCAUCGGCAUCAUGCGCGUCGCACUUUCGUGGAGCGUUCUCUGGCUGACACUCGCGACGGCGCCAUGGAAGUCGCAGGGGGGUCCUGUGGCUCAGCCGGCGGCUGACUGGAAGCAUCCCGGAGUACUGGCCUUGGAAAGGGCAGGAGACUUCGAGGGAGAUAUCCUCCGGCCACGGAACAAUUCCGCUGAUCGAAAUGCAGUUACUGAAAAGGACGACCUGUGGCCUGGAGGAAUCGUUCCUUACGUCAUCGACGCUAAACUCAAUCGCACUACGAAGAAGAUUCUGCGGGCAAUGGCCGACAUCGAGUCUCAAAGCUGCUUGCGGUUCGUGGCCCGCAGAAGGCAUAAGAACUACCUGUACAUCAUGCGUGGAGAUGGAUGCACCUCGUUCGUUGGGCGCCUGGGCGGCGCUCAGGAGGUGUCCUUAGGCACAGGCUGUCUCUACCGGGCUACCAUCGUGCACGAGCUGAUGCACGCGGUAGGCUUUGAUCACGAGCACUCCCGUUCGGACAGGGACGAAUACAUCGACGUCUUCACGGAGAACGCGGAGCCAGAAAAUGUGGAGCAGUUUGACAAGCUCGAGCCCUGGGAGAACAGGCUGCUGACACCAUUCGACAGAGACUCAGUCAUGCUGUACGGCUCGGAGUCGUUUGCCCGCGAACCAGGCUUGGCAACCAUGCUGGCCAAGGACGGCAGCAGGCUUAAAGAAGUUUAUGACAAGCGAGGUCUGAGCGCUAGCGAUGCGCGAAGGAUAAAUAUGCUGUACCGCUGCAAAAAUAAAAAGACUUAGCACCUACA